CCCGUAUAAAAUGGAACGGGCCACCAUAUCGCCCGAAGAACCUGCCAAAGGCAAGAGAGAAAUUCCGCCAGGAAUAUUAAGACUGGAUUUGGGAAAGCCUAGACGGCUCUCGUCGGAAUUUAAGAUUCUGACACAGGGUGAACCAACAUCUCCCCAACCUUCAAUAGAUCGAUUGUCUGUAACAUUUGCGGAAGAUUCAUUAAAAAGUGACACUUCUACAAAAAACACAUUUACUCCAACUCCAGUCAAAAUGGACAAAGUUCACUUUCCACAAACCCAAGAACGUGAAGACUCGGAUGCUGAAGACUAUUCAGCAAGUGUAAACGCUAUAAUACAAAGAAGGGCGUCUACAAGACGGUCGAAGAGAAGGAACAGUAGAAGAGCUAGUUCGCCAUUUAGUCCAGACAUUCUUCCUGGAAGUGAUGAAAGAAGACGUUCUUCAGUUUUCACGACAAGUUCUGGAGAUACUGCCAUAACAAUGGAUGAAAACUUUGCUAAUGAAGUAACUCAAGAGGAAAUAUUCGAGAAUAUCAAACUCCAUAAAGAAGUUUUGAGUAGUGUUAAGAUGCAACCUUGGAAUAUGAGGAAAAAAAUCAAAUUAGUUGAACAAGCAAAGGCUUAUAUUAAAAAACAUGAAGGUGCCUUGCAGGAAAGACUAGCCCAAAGUCACUCAACUAAAGAUAUGUUAGCUAGAUGGAAUAUUUACGUUAUAAAGAGAUGGCAACGUUGGAAAAGGGAAAUGUUAAAUCUAUCAAUGUGGUUUAUUCCUUGGGAACUGAAAAUUAAGGAAAUAGAGUCACAUUUUGGUUCAGUUGUGGCUUCGUAUUUUACGUUUUUGCGUUGGUUAUUUUGGGUAAACAUUGUUAUUGGGGCAGUUCUUGUAUCCUUCGUCGCUAUUCCGGAGAUGUUGACUGCAAGCCCGAAAGAAGCUGGUGCUCGCCGCAAGUUUAUCCUUCCGGAAGAGAAAUAUAGCUCUACGAACUUUUUAACUUUAUGGGACUUCGAGGGCGUUUUCAAGUAUUCACCUUUGUUUUACGGAUGGUACACGAACAGCGAUUCGAAAUUAAGAGGAUACAGAAUGCCUUUCGCAUAUUUCGUGACUGGCCUGUGUGUUUAUGCAUACAGUUUUUUUGCAACUUUAAGGAAAAUGGCCGAAAACUCUCGUAUGUCCAAACUGUCGGAGAAAGACGACGAAUGCAUUUUCUCCUGGAAAUUGUUCACGGCAUGGGAUUACAUGAUAGGGAAUGCUGAAACUGCACACAACCGCGUAGCUUCGAUUGUUUUGGGUUUCAAAGAAGCGCUUCUAGAAGAAGCUGAGAAGAAAAAGCAAACCCGAAAUUGGAAGGUAAUCUGUUUCCGAGUACUAGUAAAUACAGGAGUAGUUGGUUUAUUAUCGUUUUCCGCAUUUGCUGUUAUAAUGGUUGUAAAAAGAUCCACGGAACCAGAAGCAAAUUCGACCGUUUGGAGAAAAAACGAAAUUACCAUCGUUAUGUCCUUGAUUACACUUUUUUUUCCCAUGUUGUUUGAGGCACUUGGAUUUUUCGAACAAUACCAUCCAAGGAAGCAACUUAGAUUACAAUUGGCAAGGAUUAUGGUAUUAAAUUUACUAAAUCUGUAUUCUUUGAUAUUUGCCUUAUUUGAUAAAAUAUCAGAUAUGACAACCGAACUCCAAGAUUAUAAAAACUUAACGAAAUCUCUUUAUACAGCAGAAUCUCAAUUGGCUUUAUCCAAUUCAACAGCUUUACAACUAGUAUUAAAUACAUCAAAAUGUUAUGGAGUUUCUAUAAAAAAUGCUGAUAGUCCACCAACUGUAGUAAUUGCUGCUUUAGCCUACAAUAUUUCCAUGACCACAUAUCCCAAAUUUACCCAAUUAUUUAGUGAAACAUUUACAACACCCAGUUAUAACGUCACAGAUUUUUUUGACAUUAUUUCCACUACAGAAACAUAUAAUUUUUCAAGUUUAAAUUAUAACAACACAAAUGUUACUAACGAAAUUCCAAUUUAUUUCGACGAUUUCACAAACAGUUUAAUGGAUUACCUAUCGUAUAUUUUACUACCUUUUCUUGACGCCAACAGUACAUAUAUUAACAGCACAUUUUUUGACUCACCAAACAUCAAUGAAACAUUUCCCACCGAAACUUAUGAAUUGUUUAAAGCAACAAUUUUACCUAUAACAAACAUCACAACGGAUUUUAUAGACGAAAGAUUCGACAACGAAUUAACUACAAUAUACGAAGAAAUAAGCUCUACAAUAGGAACUUUUAAAGAAAACACAACAGACUUCCAAAAUUCGACAGUAUGCGAAGAUGUGCCUUCCAACAUUACCACUACAAUAACUCCUUUAUUGGAGACCAGUAUGAACUACACCGCCAGAGCGAGGUUAAGAUCUUUGUGUUGGGAAACAAUGUUUGGACAAGAGCUCAUCAAAUUGACUGUCAUGGACUUGAUAAUGACCGUACUCUCUACUCUAUCCAUAGAUUUCUUCCGAGGUAUUUUCGUUCGAGUUAUGAACCGUUGCUGGUGUUGGGAUUUGGAGAAGAAGUUUCCUCAAUAUGGUGAUUUCAAAGUUGCAGAGAACAUUCUUCAUUUGGUUAACAAUCAAGGUAUGGUUUGGAUGGGGAUGUUCUUUUCGCCUGGAUUGGUGGUUAUCAACAUUGUGAAGUUAUAUUUGAUGAUGUACUUUCGGGCGUGGGCCGUGCUGACCUGUAACGUGCCCCAUGAAAUUAUCUUCAGGGCUUCGAGAUCUAAUAAUUUCUAUUACGCUUUACUCCUAAUGAUGUUGUUUCUUUGUGUUUUACCUGUUGGAUAUGCGAUUGUGUGGGUUAAGCCGUCCUGGCACUGUGGACCAUUUUCGUCAUACAACAGAAUUUUUCACAUUUUUACCCAGACUAUUAAAAACACUGUACCCCAACCCGUACAAACAGCUUUAGAUUAUAUUGCUUCACCUGGAAUAGUUAUACCUCUGUUGGUGCUUUUGGUACUUGUCAUUUACUAUUUAAUCUCCUUAACAGGGGCCCUUAGAGAAGCAAACAAUGACCUCAAGAUUCAAUUAAGAAGGGAAAGAACAGAGGAAAGAAGAAAGAUGUUUCAAUUAGCAGAUAGGCGUAGGCGAAAUGGUUCUGGUGGGUCCAACGAUCUAGCCAACACUCCGUUCAACAAGUGGAAGAAGCUAUUAGGAACGAUGCCGAGCGCCAAAAGUUUCGACGAUACACCUCGUCAAGAAUCUGAAGACGUACCCACGAUAAAAGAAGAAAAACCAGAGAACAAAAAUAAAGAUUUUUUCGCCAAAUUGAUCAAAAAAGCUUUGGGCAAGUCUUCCACUUCCGACGAAGAUCGAAAUGCUGAAGAUGGAACCGAUACAGAACAACAAGAUUCGUUGCCGGACGAUGCGGUGGUGAUGAGAGACAAAAAAGUUCACCGACCUGUAAAAGCUUCCAUAUCUUCAGGAAGCAAUGAAUUUUCUUCUAUGGUGCAUAGAGCUUUGUCGUUGAAAAAAUCUUUGGAGAAAGCCGAAACGGUUCAAAAUGGCAAUGACGAACAUAAACAUGUAAAAAUUCAAGAGUACAAACCACCGACCGUUUUAAAAAGAAAAGAUUCAGAUUUUAAAAAGCCGCCAUCAUUUAAAGACAUUUUAGAAGAAAAGACGACAACCAGACAAGAUUCCGGUUCAUCGAUUUGGUCGGAUAAUAUACCUGUAAUAACCAUUAGCAAAACUGAGAGUUGGGAAAAUAUGUUGGAAGAUAAGCGAAAAUCUAAAGAAGAAUCAUCGGCGACCAAAUACAAACCUAAAAUCAAAUGCGUUUUAAAGAAACAAAGUACCGAAAUAGACGAAGACGUUAUCUGUCAUUUCGGAAAAGAUAUUGAGAAAAAUAUCGCGGAGCAAACUAUAAUUCAAACGGUUGCGGAAGAAGAGGUGGAACGAUCUGGUGCCACACCUUUUAUAACGAAACAGGAGGCGCUUUCGGAAGAUCCGGACGAUUUGAAAACUGAUGAACUAACCGACAAGUCUUCUUCCGAUGACACGGAAAUAAAGGAGAGCAGUGGUGACACAAUCUUGAAUUCGCCUUACGUUGUUCCAGAUGAGGAAAAUUUGAAAUCUGGUAAUAACAGUACUUCUACUGAAUCCAGCUCUGAGUAUAAAGAAAAGAGUUUGAAUAAGUAAUUGUUUAGCGAUUAUUGUUUAAUUUAUUCAUUACGUAUAGAUUAUAUAUAAAUAAAAUUAAUUAUAUUUAAAUUUGUUUUUUUAUUUUGUCUGUCCAAGAAGAAGAAAAAAUGCUGUUAUGAACCUCCAAAUUUAUUGCGAACUUAAAGUCAUUUUUUAAAUUG